CCCCCCCCCUUGUCCUGGCUAGCUGGUUCUUGUCUGCUCACAAUAUAAUCUUGCUCCACUGAAGAGGCAAAAGAGGCAGCAGAGAGGAUUUGCUUCCCACAACUACACCACCUUUUUUUAAAAAAACAGGGAGCAGUCAAAGGCUGGGGUUGGUUGGUUGAUUUACCCGGAGAAAAAGGGAGGAGAGACGAGGGGGGGUUGAUUUACUAGGAGGAGAGCCCUGCUGUCUUUCCUUUUUUGAGCCUAGCCAGAAAGCACCGAGAAAGUUCAAAUCUCCCCCUCCUCCUCCUCUUCUUCUUCUUCAGAGUUGGAAAUUAUUGCAUUUUUAGGAAGCUUCGAUCUUUCACAGGAGCUGCGCUGCACUCUGCAAAACUCUCCUUAUUAUAAUUGGGUUUUUUCCGCCUCCCCCCAAUAAUUAUUACGCCUGCAUAUUGUUUUGAAAGCAGCAGCAGCUUUUAAGAGUUCCUCCUCGCUCUUUUCCUAGCCUUCUUUCUGCUCCGAUCUCUGAUUUACUUGGGGAUUUUUUUCGGGGAGAGGGGGUGAAGCUUUCAAUAGUUCCACCCCCACACUUUUAAUUAUUGACCAAGGGGGGAGAAAAAAGUCACUCUGAAUGGACUAGAGGGUUCCCCCCCCCGGACUUUUUUGAACCUGGUGCCUGGUUCGGAAAUAAUUUAUUUUUCCUCCGUUCCUGAGAAGGAGAUAAAAGUUUUGCUGAAGUUCAGGUUGCAAGGAAUUGUCUUCUUGUCCAACACCCCGCAAAAAUACCCUUUCACGUUUCGCUUAAACGUUUGGGAUGAACUGGAAAUAAACCUUUGGAGGAAAUUUGCUUACAGAAAGGCUAGGAAUCGGAGCCCACACUUUACUGGAUAAUGAGGUGUUUUAAUUUUUGAGUGCCCUCCCCCUUAAAAAAAAGAAGAGACAAGAAUAUUAUCCGAGGAAGUUUUGAUGGAACGCCUCUCCGACCAGUCCAUUUAAUGUUCUAGGAUUUCAUUGGAAAAGGCCAAGAUGCUGAAGCUCCUGGUGACCACCCUCGUCCCGGCCUUGAUCCUGGCGGCGCCUCCUCCCAUUAGCAAGCUGGCCCUCUUUCCGGACAAGAGCGCCUGGUGCGAGGCGAAGAACAUCACCCAGAUCGUUGGGCACAGCGGGUGCGAGUCCAAAUCCAUCCAGAACAGAGCCUGCUUGGGGCAGUGUUUCAGCUACAGCGUUCCCAACACCUUCCCACAGUCCACUGAAUCCCUGGUGCACUGCGACUCCUGCAUGCCAGCCCUCUCCAUGUGGGAAGUGGUGACAUUGGACUGCCCCAGCAACGAAGAUAUCCCCAGGGUGGACAAACUGGUGGAGAAGAUCCUCCAUUGCAGCUGCCAGGCAUGUGGAAAGGAGCAGAGCCAAGAGGGGGCGCUCCUCAACGUCUACGUCAACGGCGACGAGAACCUGCCGGCUGAGGGUCCUCACCCCCACCCCUACGGCCACCACCAUCCAGGAGAAGAGGCCUCCAACCACCACCAUGAAGACGAGGCCAAGGACUGACCUCCGGCCUUCCGGGGGGUGAACUGCCCCUUCAGCCCAGGCCUUGACGACUUUCCCCCCGCCUCUCAAAUACCCAUCAUGCUUUGCUCUUGGCAACGUGGUCGUGGGGGAGCAGAGGCCAAGCUGAAGGCGGACCUUUCACCGGGGGCGGCCAAUGGGACAAGCUGGCAACCGGCGAGAGAACUGGGGGAGGGGGUGGUUGGGAGGGCAUCACUGACGAA